GCUUGGGCGCACAGUGCGCCUGCGCCAGGUCGGUGCCGCGGUCCUCCGAGUAGGCCGACAAUGGCGGCAGCAGAGGGCUCUUCGCUGGAGCCGGCGACUUCCGAACAACCCGCGGAGCUGCCUGCUUCGGUGCGGGCGAGCAUCGAGCGGAAGCGGCAGCGGGCGCUUAUGCUGCGCCAGGCCCGGCUGGCGGCCCGGCCCUACCCGGCGACGGCGGGCGCGGCUACCGGAGGCGUGGCUAAUGUGAAAGCCCCCAAGAUAAUCGACACAGGAGGAGGCUUCAUUCUGGAAGAGGAAGAGGAGGAGCAUAAAGUAGGAAACAUUGUGCAUCAGCCAGGGCCGGUCCUGGAGUUUGACUAUGCCAUAUGUGAAGAGUGUGGGAAGGAGUUUAUGGACUCGUACCUCAUGAGCCACUUUGACUUGGCCACCUGUGAUAACUGCAGAGAUGCUGAUGAUAAACACAAGCUUAUAACCAAAACAGAGGCAAAACAAGAAUACCUUCUGAAAGACUGCGAUUUGGAAAAAAGAGAACCAGCUCUUAAAUUUAUCGUGAAGAAGAAUCCUCAUCAUUCGCAGUGGGGUGAUAUGAAACUCUACUUAAAACUACAGGUCGUGAAGAGGUCCCUUGAAGUCUGGGGCAGUCAGGAUGCACUGGAAGCAGCCAAGGAAGUUCGACAGGAAAACCGGGAGAAAAUGAAACAGAAGAAGUUUGAUAAAAAAGUCAGAGAAUUGCGGCGAGCAGUGAGAAGCAGUGUGUGGAAAAGGGAAACAACUGCUCACCAACACGAGUAUGGACCUGAGGAAAACAUAGACGACGACAUGUACCGGAAGUGCUGUACCGUGUGUGGCCAUGAACUGACAUACGAAAAAAUGUGAUUUUUAGGUUAGUGACUUUUUGUAUUGAAAUAAAGGAAGUUCAGAUUGUUCCUGUACAGAAUUUACCAAACAUAAGGCCUUUAUGAAGGAAACACCAUAUAAAUUAUGCCAGAGUAGAAAGUGUAGGCGUUUUAGGCAGGGUCCAACUGGACUGACUGAAGACAAUACCAGGGCUGGGAUUAAUUUUUCUAGUAAUAAGGAUGGUAGCUCAGUAGUGUGGUAGGUCAGAGAAGCAAAUAGGACGAAUGAGACUGAGGCAAACACAGACUGAUGUAGUAAAAAGGCCACAGCUCCCCACACCGUGUUCUCAACCCAGGAACCAAACAGGGAUGGUGCUAGUCCACUGUGCCCAGAGUCUGGAUCAGCGUAUACGACUAGUUCUAUGUGCAAGAUAUAGGAGCAGUGGGGAGCCACUGCUGGAAAAAGUUCUGACAAAGAGGAAUGCACAGUGAGUUGUAGGUGUCAGCUUUGACCCUAGUGUCUGGGGAGCCCUUUUCAAGUGCCAGUUUAAAAUGGGCACAUGGAUCAAAGUCUGCAGGUACUGCUAACAUGUACUCUGUACUCUGCUAAUGCCAGGCAAGCACUCUGCUUAGGCUUUCAACAGUACUUCUAGGGGAACAGAAUGAGAACCUCCAGUCUCAUGUCACCCCAGGCAUUGGAAUCAGGCUUUCAGGUGGAUGCACCUCCCCAUACAGCCCUGAGUCCUGGGUGUGGACCUGGGGCACAUUACUCCAGGGUCCUGUUUGUCUGUCUAAACAUGGUCGACUACAGCAGCCCAGUGUUCACCUUCAUCAAUCGAAGACAAUCCUGUCAGCCACAUCUACUGUAUCUGGGUUCGCAAGGUCGUUCCUCAUCUUUCUAUAUUCACAUGACAAAAGCCUGUUCUUACAGUACUGAAUGUACCAUAUGAUGUGCAGCGAGAUGCUUGCUCGGGUACCUUUAUUUCGUCCAAGUUCAAUCCCUCUGUUUUAGAUGCAGAGGGUCACAUCACUGCCCAGCCGUUAGAAGCAACCGUUAUGCAUGAGGAGGAGAUAAGAAAAAACGGAAGCCCCACACUAUGUAGAAUGUAGAUUAGGCCGAAUUAGCCAAACUCUGCAAUGCAUUAGGAAAGGGUAACAAAGUCAAAUAGUUACCGGAGCUGCCAGUGGAUAUUCUCUGGCUGAACCACCUCAGACUGAUUUCAUCUGGUGCUGAAGCAAUGGGAAAGAGAAACAACAUAAACAGGAAAAUGUGGUCAAGAACCUGGGUUCUAGCCCUCUCUGCUAGUAACCUGCCAUGCAGCUCCAGUCUUCUGAAUCAUUAUUUCCUAUUGUCUAUUAAAAUAUACAGUAAUCGCAAAAGACUAUGAUGGCUUUAUCAGAGCUUGGAAAAAAAUCCUUAAAGUUAAAAAAGAAAAAAAAAAAAAACAGUAUCACUAACUGACAAUUCUUUAAACAGUCAUUUAAGUCUCAGCACCAAAUAGACUCAGCAUUUGGAACAGGCUCUCCCAAAUCAAAACGCACAUCUAAUUUCAAAUAGAGUUCUAGGGAGUUUGGCCACUCAGUUCUACUUCAUAAUGAAACUCACAUGACUUUAGACACUUCCUCUGAGAGGCUCCAUGCAGCAAAAAGAUGCUCUACGACCAUGAGUCCCAACCCAGAAUCGCCUACUGAGGACAUCUCUUCCUUGACAGCGUCGAAGAUUCCCACGUGAUUGAUGUUCAAAUUUUGGAACAGCUGCUCUGUUAAACAGCACUUUAUAUACUAAAAAGAUCACCACCAACUUUAAAGAAUUCUAGAUGAGAAAAAUCAUGAAAAACCAAGGUUUAAAAAACAUAUUUUUAGCUUUAUUUCAGCCAGGUUAGGUUAUCCAUGAGCUGUGAAAAGCUAUACUACCUUGUGAUAAACCCAUCAGUUCUCUAGGCUACAAUGUAAGCUUGACCUCUAGUAUUUCACAUACCUCACAUCUGUUUGGUGCCUUAAGGAGGGAAAAAUACCAAAUUGAUCACAUAUAACACAUCAUAGUCAUCGCCACAGUAUUGUCAUUAGGAAAUAAUUGCUUUUUAUAUUCCUUACUCUCUCCCCUUUUGUUUCCCUUAAGAGGUGAAAGGAUACUACAAGAAAGAAGCAUUCAAACCAGCAAAAACAAAUUAUUUUAAGAUACUUAAAAAAUCCUGAUGGGAGAAAAGGACCACUAGGCCUGCAGAGCACAGAACUGCUGGAACACAGCAAGGAUAUGAGGGUCUAGUUCAGCAGUGAAGAGAAGGUUCUCCAGGGUCACCAUGUACUGCUGGAUUAUCUGGUGAUGCUGCAAACACAGAAAAAGGGGACUUUAGGGCAGGACAAAGCACAGACGCAAUCGUGCAGAACAUUUUCCCAGCAGUCUACACACACUGCAGCGAGGAGAGAAUACUGAGCUACCGAGAAGCCCCGACAUUAAGAAAAUACAGCGAGAAAUCAGACCCAUGAAUGUUCAACAACUUAAUCCAGUUCUUUAUCAACUUCUAGGUAAAGUGCAGCAAGCAGGUGCUACUGCCUACUACUGUUGUGACAGAUUAAGUAGGACCCUACAGACAUAACUUUUAAAAAUCAGGCAGACAGCAAAAGACCUAGGAAGAUAAAGUAUCAGAAGAUGAAAGGUUUUCUUUUAUGUGCUCCUAUAUAUACCUGAAUACACCCGGAGAUUGCUGUAGAAAUACGAGCUGUGACAGGUUUUUUAAAAAAAUGGACAAUAACUGUAGGGGGGUGGGUGUUUGGCAGAGUAGUAAAGAUACUGCUUGGGACACCCAUGUCCUGUAUCUGAGUGCUGAAGUUCAUGUCUCUCAGCUCUAAUUCUAGCUUCCUGCUAACGUGCACUCUGGAAAGCAGCUGGUAAUGGCUUAAGUACUGCAGCCCAGGAGGGAGACCCAGACUAAGUUUCAGGCUCUUGGCUUCAGAUUGCCGCCCCGCCCUCCAAAGCUGUUGCGGGCACUGGAGAACAAACGAGUACAUGGAAGUUCUUUGUGUUUCAAAUAAAAUGAACAUUUUUUCUUAAGGGAAUUUCUAUUUAGAGACUUAAAGAAUUUAAUUUUUUUAAAAAGGUCAGGGAGUACUAGCACUCUGCUGCCUGUCCUGCAACUGCAGAGACCGUAGGGAGCUCGCCUGGUUUCUUAUCUGUACUCUAGACUUGUAAGGACUUUACCUGAAGGAAGAUCUGCUGGAGUCUUUCUAUACAGUUCUUGUACCAUGGCGUUAACACACUGGUCCCGUCAGUCUCACAUCGUACUAAAUGUUCAGUCAAGAUCAUGAUAAAGCGCUGGAAAGGGUACAUGAGGUUGAAGUAUUAGAGCAUCACCCACCAGAAACAAAUUCAUGACAGAGACCUCAACGGAUUGCUUGUUCCAACCUGUCUUUGGGACAUGCGCUCCUAGCUUUCAUAGUUCAUUAGACACCAUCGAUCUAGAAUGGUGGUAAUGUGAGUGGGUACAAUUUUUUUGGCAGUACAUAAAGAUCUUUAAUUUCUAAAUUGCUUUCGCUACUAAUAGUAUUUCUUGGCAUCUAUUCUAAAGGAGACAAUCAGAAAUGUUAACAGAAGUCUAUGUACAAAACUAUCGGGGAGAAUCAUCUACAUAAUCAACAGGAAAUAAUCAUUAAAUAUGCAGCAAAUGUUUAACAAAAGCAACUCCAAGUUGCUUUUACAGCACAGAGAAACACUCAUGCAAGAGUACAGGUUACCAGCACAGCAGCUGGAGGGACAUGUUGGACCUCCCAGUGAUGAACGUUUAUUGUUUAUAAAUUUCUGUAUUUCAAAACUUCUGUAAAUGAGUAUGUACUUUUGUGAUUAUGGCACAGCAGGUUAAAGUCCUGGCCUAUAGCACCAGCAUCCCAUGUGAGGCAAGGAUCAAGUCCUGGCUUCUCUACUUUCUGAGCCAGCUAAUGUGCCUGGGAAAGCAGUGGAGGAUGGCCCAAGUGCUUGGGUUCCUGCACCCAUGUGGGAGACCUGGAAGCUCCUGGCUUUGGACUGGCCCAGCUGCAGCCAUUUGGGGAAUGAACCAGCAGAUGGCAGACCUCUCUUUCUGUAUAUUCUGCCUUUCAAAUAAACAAACCUUCUUAUACAUUUUUUUAUGCCUAAGAAAUGCAUUGUUUGGGUUUACGUACAAUGUCCCAGGCCACAAUACCUGAAAUAUGACAAGGAAGAGGUUCUUUUGUUCACUCUGAGCGGAUUCCACUUUUUCCUGUAGUCUCUCUAUUUGCUCCUCAAGGGCCCCAUCUUUUCUGUCACUGCCUCUGUCGUCAUCGUCACUUCGCUACAGCAGGCAAAGGAACACAAAACAGCUUUUAGGAUUGCAGUGUAUUAAAAUCCCAUGAGCAAGGGGUGCUCGCUGAGGCCAGGGCAAUGUAGUGGCUCCUGUCCAAUGAUGGUGCAGGCUGCUGGCUACAUCAUCACCAUCUGACCGUCUGCACAGUAGCAACAGGGAGGCAGUCUGCUCACCCUUCAGCCCCUAAAGGGCAAGAUGGAAAAGCUGGGCAGGCCCUUCUGUAGCUCAUGAGCCACAGGCUGCUCUUCCUUGUCCUAAGCAGAAAUGGCUGUGACUAACAUGUAGUAAUUCAAAAUAGACUGCUCAACAAUCUGCAGGCAACCAUGGGCUCGAUGCAUCCCUGUAACGCUUUAAUAAUCCUUUCCCAGCUCACCUGGAGGGCUAUAUAGCAUCUGCUUAGGUUUCUAAAAACAAGGCAUAAUUGGGGCGGGCUCUGACAGAGCAGGUUAAGCAACCACCUCUGACUCCAUCAUCCCAUACGAGCCCUGCUUCAUAUCCCAGCUGCUCCACUUCCAAUCCAGCUCCCUACUAAUGUGCCUUGGAAAGCCGUGGAGGAUGGCCCAGGUCCUUGGGCUCCUGUACCCACAGGGGGAGAUCUGGAAGGAGCUCCAGGAUCCUGGCUUUGGUCUGACCCAGUGAUGGCCAUAUGGGCCAUUUGUGGAGUGAGCCAAUAGAUGAAAGAUCUCUUUGCCUUCCAAAUGUAUAUAAAAUGAAACAAACCCCACAAAACUUAACAAAAACCAAAACCAAAGUACAAUUUAUACUUUCCAGAGAAGGGAACAGGCUGAGAGGUACUCUGUUAGCGUCACCUAACAGGAAGUGGCAGCCAGAACCUGGUUCUAGGCAUGUCGCAUACCAAGGUCCUUUCAGCAAAGGCAGACAUCACCGACUCGAAACCCUGCUAAGCCCUCUAGAAGAUGAUGGCCUCCCCUACUCUUAGAGGAGUCUGCUCUAUCAAUGCUUUACUUACCAGACUCCCCCUGAUCUGACAGCACUUGUCUGAGAUCAGUCCACUAUGUUCUAGGCACCUAGGUAUGGCAAUGCCUUCUAACACGAAGGGGCACUGGUGCCCAGCCAAAUGUUCUGCAACCAGGGACAUGUUAAACGAACCUGUGCUGUCUGUUAACUACAGCUUCUAGCUGUAUGUGGCUACUGAACACUGGAGAUGCAGGUUGUCUGGCCAGGGAACCGAGUUCUAAAUUGUGUUUCAUGUAACUAAAUAGUCCCCAAGGCCACUCCUGGACAGCACCUUUCUAGAGAACAGUGGAAUACUGCAGAGUCUCUGCAGUCUGGCAGACCUGGGUCAGAACCUCGCUCCAGGUGUCACUUACUAGCUGAAUAACCCUGAUCAAACUGACUUCUCUGAGCUUCAAUGUUUGCAUCUAUAAAAUGAAACGACACUGUUCACCUGCAGUUGUUUAUUCAAGUGUAUUUAUUCAUAUGUAGAGACUGGCACUCAAACUGGCUAUAGGUUCACAUAUGCAUGAAGCCUUUUUAAAACCUACCCUGGUAAAUACACAUUAUAAUGCUAGAAAAUCUGGCCAUUGUACCAGCACUAUCACGUUCAGCCACAGAACGCAGUCAGCUCACUGAAACACUAACGUCUCACUACUAGAAGUAGCUGGUCAGCAUGGACUGACCGCCUCACCCCUGCACGCAGCACAGGGCAAGUCUCCUCCCUUCCCCCCUCCAGUACAGGGACUAUCAGAAGUGUUCUCAUCCCUUCUCCUCUCCUUUUGGGAAGUACGAGCAGGCAGCUGACCCUGAAAUGGUGGACUAUGGAAAAGUAAAAUUUGCGGCUUCCUAAAAAGUUCACCACACAACCAACGACCUGCUUCUUUCUCCCUCUGCCUCUGUAAACAGCUUUGCAUAAUUUGGCCUCAGAAAAAAAAACCAGCUUUACAAUCAAGGUACUGGGCCUUGAUGUCCUCCAGCAUUUCUAGUCCGCCUUCUUGAGGCAUUUAUGAGUCAACCAAGACCUACCCGUUUGUGUUGCCUUGCAAGUUUCUCUUUAGCUUCUUCUAGCUCUUUCUGGAUCUUCAGAACGUGUUUGUUCAUCUUACGAAUCGUAGAAUGCAAGAUUUCCCAAACAAACAAUCU